UUCAUAGUCAUGUCUAGGGUGUGUGAGAUCUGCUUUCGAAGACUUCUUACACAGCAACGACUUACAAGCCAUUUGCAGAAUGCUUCCAACACAAAAAAACUCACAGGGUUAUGGAACUUGUGUGCAAGAGAAAGAACAUGUACAAGGCAUCCAUACACAGGCCCUAGGCAGGCUUUCCACACCAGCAGUAUAGCAGCAGGUUUGGAUGACCUAUUGAGGGAUAUAGAAGAACCAAGUGAAGUUUUAAACCAAAAGCGAAGGAAAACUUUUGAAAGUAACAAAAUUCCCCACAAGCCAAAAUCAGUGGAACAAAUGAAUGUCAAAGUUUUUAAGGGAAUGACCCUUGUCGAGCUUUCCAGAAAUAUGAACAUUGACUUAGACAAAAUAUUAGAGGUCAUAUUGAAAUCCCCAGAAUAUGAAAGCAUAGAAGAUGAGAACACAGAAAUUAAUGACCUUGACCUGUUAUCGGACAUCUGUCGGACUUUUAGAGGGAAUCCCAUAAUGACAGGCAGGGAUAUGGCAAAACAGGUCUUACAGCAGGAUAUUCCACGACAGGCCCCACCUGACCCCAAAACUCUGGUCUCCAGACCACCAGUAAUAACCAUAAUGGGACAUAUUGACCAUGGAAAAACCACACUGCUGGACACACUACGUAAAUCUAAUGUGGUGUCUCAGGAAUUCGGGGGAAUAACACAACACAUAGGAGCUUUUUCUGUCACGACACCCUCGGGAAAUCAGAUAACAUUCCUGGAUACCCCAGGUCACGCUGCAUUCUCAGCCAUGCGUGAGAGGGGCGCCAUAGUAACAGACAUCAUAGUUCUGGUGGUGGCGGCGGAUGACGGAACUAUGCCACAAACUCUGGAGUCAAUUGAACAUGCCAGGAAACAUAAUGUUCCCAUGGUAAUUGCUAUUAACAAAAUAGAUCGACCAAAUGCUGAUAUUCAAAGAACACUGAAUAGUCUACUUGAACAUGGGAUACAGACUGAGUUGAAUGGUGGGGAUAUUCCUGCUGUACCUAUUUCUGCCUUAAAGGGGGAAAACAUUGACGAGUUACAAGAAACCAUAGCAGUCCAGGCAGAGUUACUGGACCUGAAAUGUGACACCAAGGGUCUGGUGGAAGGUCACAUCCUCGAAUCUAAACUCAACCCCAAGACAGGGAAAGUUGCAACAAUUCUAGUCCAACGGGGGAUCUUGAAAACAGGAGCAAUUGUUGUUGCAGGAGAGGCUUAUGGAAAGAUUAAAAGCAUGGUGAAUGAUAAGGGUCAGGCUGUGAAAUCCGUGUCCCCCUCCUUCUGUGCAGAAGUCACGGGAUGGAGAGAACUCCCUGUGGCUGGGGAUGAGGUUCUACAGUUCAAGGACAGGAAAACAGCACAGGCUGUGGUAAACUUAAUUUCCAGAAAGAAUCAAAUUGGUCGCGAGGAAAUGAGUGCCUCAGUGGAAGAGAGACGUCAGGAACACCAGAAAACCAUGCAGGAGUUACGUCAACUGAAACAGAAAAACUUCCAGUUAUACAGAAUGGCAAAGGAGAAGGUUGUUAACUACGGAGAUGUGCCGUCCUCGUUCGGAGAAGUUUGUCUUCCCAUAAUUCUCAAAGGUGAUGUUUAUGGGUCCAUUGAGGCAUUAGUAGGAAUGUUCUCAACAUUUGAUUCUCAGCUUUGUGAACUACGGGUUGUACAUCAAGAUGUUGGGCCUGUGGGUGAAGCUGAUUUAAAUUUAGCAGCAAGUUUAAAAGCUGAUAUCUUUAGUUUCAAUGUACCUGUACCUGAAGAAAUAAAGCUUGAAGCAAAGAAGAAAAACAUAAUCAUUAAGGAAAAUAAUGUGAUAUAUAAAUUAAUUGAUGAUCUCAAAGACAGUGCUAACGAACGGAUUCCCCCAAUAGAGGAAGAGGACAUUAUUGGAGAAGCAGAGGUUCAAAAAGUAUAUGAAUAUAAGUUAAAGGACGGAAAGAGAAAUGUCGCAGGCUGCCGCUGUGUGCAAGGAAACCUUCAGAGGAAGCUCAGGUACAAAGUGAUAAGAGAUGGAGAGGAGGUGUUCAGAGGUAAACUGGAUUCUUUAAAACAUCAUAAAGAUGAAGUGGAGACAAUUGGGACAGGGAUGGAGUGUGGAAUGCUAGUAAAAGACUCUCAAUUUCAGUUUGAGGAAGGGGACCUAGUUCAGUGUAUUGAUACAAAGUAUGUGACAAAAACAGUGGAUUGGGCACCAGAUUACUAAAAUAUAUACUGCAAUA